CGUGUUGUUCCUCUGCCAGGCUGCUCCAAGGCUCCCCGCCACGGGGCGUCAGUCUGCAGCAUUGCAAGCUCCAAGGGGCCGGGACAUACUUCUUUCUCCAGGCACAAGAAGGAGGGCACGGGACUGGCAUAAAGACACUGGGGAGUACAGAUCCUGGGUCGCUGCCUGAUGACGUUAGCCGGUGGGAGUGGCGCUUCUUGUUGCGGCUCGGCUCUGUAGCACUUGAGAUAGCUUAAAAGUCACGGUGGUGGUUUUUGUAUUACACUGUGUCAGGAGAAUUGGCUCAUAUACUUUCCAAUUACUGAGAAAUACCCAUGGAAACUUGAAAAAGAUUGUCUUGAAAAAGGCUUACGAUGUUAGCCGAAACAUCGACUUAUAUGUGAUAUGAAUCAUGAAAUAAAGUUACAUUUUUGAUGAUGAAAAGACCUUGCACUCUAAAGCGACACAUCCAGUUUGUAUUCCGUGGACUGUAAAGGAAUAAGAAUGCUACAAGAUUAACAGCCUUUGUAAAUAUUCUGCAGCGCUCUACAGGGGGACAAUAGAGACAAGACAAAGAAGACAAAAGAGUUUACAGUCAAAGUGGUAGUUGGAGACCGGAGGUGGGGGAGUAGUUUGUGAACUUAAUGAGUUGCUGGUGGACUCUGCAAUUAACAAACAAGCUUUCAUGUCUCAAAAUGAUAACAAUGCAAUAAGAAACAUAUCCAUAGUUGAAAGGAUUGAACAGCAACAAAAGGAACCGGGAAAAACAAUGGCUACAGCUGCCGAUGCUCUGGGAAGUAUAGCUAUUGAUGCUACACACCUCACCAUGUCUGUUACUGACCCAACAGCAUGGGCUACAGCAAUGAAUAACCUUGGUAUGGUCCCUGUAGGGUUAGCUGGACAACAACUCAUCUCAGAUUCACUCUGUGUAUCCGGCUUUGAUCCAAGCCUGAGUAUGUUGACUGGAAUAACUCCAAUUAAUCCACUGAUUGCAGGCAUGGGUUUAUUGCCACCUCCACAGAUACCUAUUGUAAAGGAGAUCAUACACAGCAAGAGCUGCACUCUCUUUCCUCCAAACCCAAAUUUGCCCCCACCUUCUACAAGAGAAAGGCCUCCCGGCUGUAAAACUGUAUUUGUCGGAGGAUUACCCGAAAACGCAACAGAGGAGAUUAUUCAAGAGGUCUUUGAGAAAUGUGGAGAUAUUACAGCAAUUCGCAAAAGCAAGAAAAAUUUCUGUCACAUUCGAUUUGCAGAGGAAUUCAUGGUUGAUAAAGCAAUUUACCUCUCUGGUUACCGUAUGAGGUUAGGAUCCAGCACAGACAAAAAGGAUUCUGGCCGACUACAUGUCGAUUUUGCUCAAGCAAGAGAUGACUUUUAUGAAUGGGAAUGCAAACAAAGGAUGCUUGCCAGGGAAGAGCGUCAUCGCCGCAAACUAGUAGUGGACAACUUGCGACCUCCAUCGCCUCCUGCUAUCAUGCAUUAUUCUGAACAUGAAGCAACGCUACUCACUGAAAAAUUUAAAGAUGACAACAAGUUUUCAGAGGCAACCACUGUGCUGCUUACUUGGAUCGAACGAGGAGAAGUGAACAGAAGGUCUGCAAAUCAGUUCUAUUCCAUGGUGCAGUCAGCAAACUGUCAUGUCCGACGUCUGAUGAAUGAGAAGGCAGCGCAUGAAGAACAGAUGGAGCAAGCCAAGGAGACCUAUAAAACAGCACUGCUGGGGAUCCUUACUCAAUUUGAGCAGAUUGUGGCCGUUUUCAACGCUUCCACCAGACAAAAAGCCUGGGACCAUUUCUCGAAAGCGCAGCGCAAGAACAUUGACAUUUGGCGAAAGCAUUGUGAGGAAUUACGAAAUGCUCACAGUGAACAACUCAUGGGUAUCCGUCGAGAGGAGGAAAUGGAAAUGUCUGAUGAUGACAGCAGUGACAUCCCAAAUAAAAAAGUCAGAGUGGAUGAAUCAGCUUUAGCUGCGCAAGCAUAUGCACUGAAAGAAGAAAAUGACAGUCUGCGCUGGCAACUUGAUGCCUAUAGGAACGAAGUGGAUCUGCUUAAACAGGAGAAAGGUCACCAUGGCAGGACAGAAGAAAGCUUAACCAGGGACCAGCAGUUGCAGUUUUUACAACAGACUGUACACAAUAUGCAACAGCAAUUAGUAGCUAUGCAGGAUGAGUUAAACAGUAAAAAGAGUGAAUUGGAAAAAGCCAAGGAAGAACAAACGCAUGCGCAUGCACUAAUGAAUGUUCUCAAAGAGCAGCUUAAUGGUGCCAAAGAGGUUACGGAAUCAAACAACCACGAAUGCCUCACCAAAGAAAAUGGCACAGUGAAUGUUGCUGUGUUUAACAAUGAUAAAGAAAGGCAUGUUGAAAAGCAAAAAUCAACUAUCAAAUCUGAGAAAGAAGCCCUGCUUAUAGGAAUCAUAUCAACAUUUCUCAACGUUCAUCCGUUUGGAGCUAAUAUAGAAUACUUGUGGUCUUAUCUUCAGCAGUUGGAUUCUGGGAUAUCUGCAAAUGAAAUAGAAAUGCUGCUGAUGAAGUUGCCACGCAUGUUCAAACAAGAGUUAACUGGUGUAGGAGCAACACUGGAAAAGAGAUGGAAGUUUUGUGCCUUUGAAGGGAUUAAAACUACUUGACUACAAAUAUCAAUAUAGACAUUGAUAUGAUGAACUGUAGCAUUGCAAAAGUAUUAAGGAAGUUCUGAACAUUUUCAGGGCAUUAAAAUCUGACUUUAGUUAAAUAUGUGACGUUCUCUUGUGAGUAAAGAUGUCAUUUUGCGCCAGUCCUUGAGGUUUUGUUUCAAAAAUUGUGAUAGACCUCUUUACUAUAGAAAUAAAUAACGCAAACAUUUUUUUUUUGAAGUUAGAAAGUUUUAAAAAUGUCUUAUUAUCCAUUAAUGCCAAGUAGAAAGACUUGUAAGAGGGAAAGUCAACUGUUCUAGAUAAGCUUAAAACAAAUCCUGUUAUGCGAUGUAAUAAACUGAAAGUUUAUCAAGUUUCCAAAGAUAUUUUAUUUAUUUUUCUUAAAUACUUUAAUUCAUAUUCUAUAAACAGGAUUUACAUUAAUGCUUAUAAGCAGACGUUAAAAUUGUGGUAUUACCAGCUAAUCUAGAAUAGGCUGUCUACAGGACAUUUUUAGUCCCGGUAAUAUAUUUAUUUAAAACUUCCCAUUUCUAUUUCAUUUGUAGGAGUUAGAAAGAGGUUGCAAUAAUGACACGGUAGGUUGUAUUAAAUUCUUGUUUACAUCUUUUCCUAUUAUUCCAACCACAAAAGACUUCAUAAUCUUUCCUAUAUAAGUCUGUCAAGAAACCAAUUUGUAUGAAAUUGUACUAGUUGAAGUUGAUAAUUAUAUAUAUAUAUAUAUAUAAAAAUAUUUUAUUAGCUGUAUGUGGCUCCCAAAGGUGCAUUAUUGUUGCCGUUAUACAUAUCGUACCAGAAAAAACAAAGAGAUUUUUGCCUUGCCGGGAGAGAUUAUUCAAUUACUAACAGCUUCUUGAAAGGGAAAUGUAAAGUUAUUUUUCUAAAUAUAUAUCAUAACCGGCAAAUUAAGAGUAACACAUCAGCAAAUGUAAAUGUAUCUUCCUUAUGUAAAUAUUGAGUAAACAAUUGUUGUUUUACUGUAUUGUUAUGUAAUAUAUUCAUAUAUAUGCAUUAAAUAAAUAUUCAGCUGCAUUAUUAUCAAAUUUUAUAUAAAAAUUAGAAACAUAAGGUCCGUUUUCCAAUAAAAUUGAUUGUACUUA